CCUGCAGUGCGUGUCGAGGUGCCGUGUUGGUCGGAUCUCAGUGGCAGAGCAGGAUGGUGAGCGGUGGCCUUGGGGCCGCUCCCUCACUCUGCUGGGCUGGUGCGGUGGCUCCGGGACCGGACUUUCAGUGGUGUUUGGUGUGGUGCUCACUGUCCUUUGGUGUCACUGUGUGGUGAAUUCCCUCAGCUGGGCGGUGAGAGCCCAUGCUGUGUCCUGGUAGGAGUAGUCUGGGCUGCAGUGCGGGCUCUUUGUGCGUGUUGGGGGCGGUUCCCUGGAAGCUAAUUCUGGAAGAAAUCCCCGCUGCCUCUGUAACAGUUGUCAAACACCCUGGAGCUGCUGACUGGCUCUGUACCAUUGAGUGAUGCAGUUUAAACCUCUCUCUUUCCUCCUGCUGUGUGUGAAGCUGGUGUUAGUGCUAGGAGACCUGCACAUCCCUCACCGAUGCAGUGGUUUACCUGCAAAGUUCAAGAGCCUCCUGGUUCCAGGGAAGAUUCAGCAUAUUUUGUGUACAGGAAACCUCUGCACCAAGGAGAGCUAUGACUACCUCAGGACUUUGGCUGGAGAUGUUCACGUUGUUAAGGGGGACUCUGAGAGUCUGAAUUAUCCUGAACAGAAGGUUGUAACUGUUGGGCAGUUCAGAAUUGGGUUGAUUCAUGGCCAUCAAGUCAUUCCCUGGGGCGAUGUGGCAAGCUUGGCAUUGCUACAGAGGCAGCUGGAUGUAGACAUUCUUAUCUCAGGACAUACACACAGAUUUGAAGCAUUUGAGCAUGAAAAUAAGUUCUACAUCAACCCAGGAUCAGCUACGGGAGCCUACACUGGUUUACAAACGAACGUCAUUCCUUCAUUUGUACUGAUGGAUAUCCAGGCUUCCACAGUUGUGACUUAUGUAUACCAGCUAAUUGAGGACGAUGUGAAAGUAGAAAGAAUUGAGUUCAAGAAAUACUGACACGUGUUUGAAUCUGCCUGCUGACUUCUCACUGCCUCUCAUUCUUUCUCUCCUAGUUAAAGCUGAAUCCGGCCACGUGGGGGUGCUGCUGCAGCGGUGUGUAACUGUGAGCUUGGGAAGUUCUCAACUAGGGCUUAGAGCAGGAGAAACUGAUUAACAGAAAUUGCCUUAUUAAAUAUAUAUAUUUCCUGUGUCUAAGAACGAGGUGCUGUUGUUCCUGACUUGCGGAGCUGCAGCUAGUGGUAGCUUGGAAUUUAACCUCUCCUGUAAAAUGAGCAUAGAAUAAAACAGUAUUUUCACA